AUGGAUCUUCUGAAGUGGAAGCGGCAGAGCUCAGCUCCGUCGCUGCCAGGCUUGGCCCUCGACUCGCCAACAACCACAAGCUCCAGUCCCGCCGGCAGCUCACCAGCAAGCUCGAUACAUGAGAACAGAAACAGCAACUUCUUCACUACGGUAAAGCGGAGCCUCAGCCGAGCAUCCACGGCACCGUUGUUGGAGGUGGAGGAUGCCCCGACUCUGGGUUCACCAGGACGAAAGGUCCUACACAAGCAAAGAGGGUCGUUCUCCUCUUUCGACAGCAUGCAACGGCGUAGCUCCAUCACGUCCUCGGGGACCAGCCGGAUAUCCCGAACAUACUCGAUGUCAUUCAGCUCGUCCCGGUCCUCGACGGUAGGAAUCGAUUGGAAGACGGCCAUUGACUGGAAGACACAAAAGGUCGAGGCCCACUGCGCCCUCGAGGCGGACCCCCAGGUCCUCCGCAGCAAGCCAACAUAUCUGGUUGUCACGCAGGACUACAUCGUGAAGAUGAAGACGAAGAACGAGGCUCUCACGACAUUCCCUCAAAUCAGCCCAGGCAAGGAGAACACCAGCUUGGUUCCCCCGCCCGAGCCAAUGCUUGUCAUCCCGAUCCACAUGGUCGUGUCGGUCUUCCUCGCUGAGAGCUCACGACCCUCUUUCGGUAUCGAGAUAUGGUGGAAGUCCAGCUCCGCCAGGACUGCCUACAACAGCACCCAGAUAUUCUUCUGCCUCCCAAAUGAGCGUUCGGAACAUAUGGCAAAAGUUUCUCAGCAGCUCAAGGCGAAGGUACACGAAUUCCCGGAGGCAUCACUCGUCCCGUUGGAGGUGGAGGCAGAGAUCAUCAAGGUCUUUGCGGAGGAGGAACCUGGCUUCAAGACGUGCAAGCCCGAGAUUUUCCCCGUUGUUAGGAGGACGUCUGUGAAAGAUGAUGCGCACUCGAGCAAGCUGGAUAGGACACGGAAGGUCCAAGACGGUUCCUCGUGGUAUCUAGCGGUGGGCAGGAACCUGUGUUACCUUGCCGAGGCUGGACCGGGCUCACCGCUGGACUUGAGGUAUCAAUCCUUUGGCUUGGUGAACUUGGAGGCCUUCCGGGCAAAUUGGAUGGUUCACGAGGAGCGAUUCGUUCUGAGUUUUCGUGAGCCAUUCAAGCCAGCGGUGACACUGGAGCUGGCCAGCAGAUAUUAUCGUCAGAUCGUCAUCACUUUUAUGAAAGCAGACAGGUUUUUGAAGCCGUGCUGGCCAACAACUCUGCAAACCAUGGAAGUAUUCCGGGUAACGGGGCUCGCGGACCCGCAGCUGCUCAUCCCUGGAGACAAUUAUGGGGGUCUCAGGCGGACCUUGGACGCAUUCCUUGUCGCCUACCACUGCUCGCCAGUCGAGUGGGAGAUCAACUGGAAGACUGCACUUGCCCCUGAGUUCCGACUGCUCCCGCCCAAGGCUGGAAACACAUACACCAACUUGCAGCUAUUGGCAGUCAUGAGGUCCUUGAGAUACAAUGGAUACUUCAACUCGAUUUCGUUCAAUGGCGUCGAUCUCACUGGCUUGUGGGACAAGAACGACCCCCAAGGGAGGCCGUCUGUCCCAUACAUGAACCGCAGCUGCAUCGCGCUCAACGAUGACGAGCUUGGUCCCGUCAAAUUUGGCUCACUCCUGCACCAAGAGCUGCAUGGACUAGCAUUCUGCUCCGAGACCGUUCGCCAGAUAGAAUUCACCAACUGUUUCCCCGAGAAUUCUGUUCGCAGGGAGAUGUCAUCGUCCGGCAAAUGGCCCGCCUUCCUGUUCCCCAUACUAAACCUGCUGGAGCUGGGUCUAACAAAGUGCAACCGACUGCUGCUGAGCGGGAACUACCUGCGCUCAGCAGAUGUUGAAGCUCUGAUUGAGGCACUGAUGGCCCAGACCAUUGAGAUUCAGAGUCUUGACAUCUCACAAUGCGGUCUGUCUGACCUUGCACUGCGAGACAUCUUCGAGGUGUUGUUCCAUCAAGGACACUCCUUGCAGUAUUUAGAUGUGUCCGACAACCGCGGUCGCCUCCACGCUUCGGUGCUAGCCAAUUUGCUCCAGGUCAUCUACGAUCUAAGGAAGCUCAAUGUCUCAGGCAUACUGAUGGGUGACAUCCCCGGUCCUUUGUUCUCCUUCGAGACACUCUCACGCUUUGAGAGCCUCGAGGAGCUGGACCUGUCGAAGUUCAAGAUGAACGACGCAACCUUACAUGUCCUAGAGGCAUUCCUCGCGCAGAAGCCGCUUCCUUGCGAGCCCAACUCCCGCAACAAGAGCCCCAUCAACCCAGCCUGCACCAUCCGCAAAAUCGCACUUAACAACUGCAGCAUCAACGGUCGCGAGGCAGCUCGCCUCAUCCGUGCCCUGGGCAAGCACACCAACGCGCACCUUCACAUCAGCGGCAACCCGCUUGAGGAUGGGAUUGAGGACCUCUGCCGGGCUAUCUCCUCGACGCCAGGACCAGCCGGCUUGCACAUGGACAUGGUCGAGUUCCGGGAAGAGGCGAGCUUCGUCGCCUUGAUGAAGGCGCUGUCGGUGAACCGGAACAUCUCGUUUUUGAGCAUGGCAGGGACGGCGCCGAUGCCACCAGCCGACGCCCCGUGUGGCGCCGAAGUGUGCGAGGCGCUGGAGAGUUUCUUCGCGAGGAACACUAAUGUGAGAUUCCUGGACCUUUCCGGGUACAGCGGCAAGCUUGAUGAGGGGCAGCUAGGCAAGGGCUUUGCUCGCGCCUUGCGGGGCCUCUCGUUCAACACUACCCUGACGCACCUGAGAAUCCGCAACCAGAACCUCCACGACGACGUCGGCACGCUGGGCAGCGUGAUCCGGCAGAACAACACGCUCAGGAUGGUGGACUGCCAGGACAACAGCUGGAACUUGACGAGCAUUCAGUUCCUGGCCAAGAGCCUCAAACUCAACAAGAGCGUGGUAGAGUUCCCGUUCGAGCAGCGGGAAUACGACCGCGUCUGGCGGCGCGUGUCCGCGGACGUGAGGAGGCAGAGCAGCGUCAGCAAGGCGGCCAUGGCGACGCAGAACGAGCAGGAGAACGCGCUGCGCAGGGCGCUGGAGAAGCAGGUGCAGGAGCUCAAGGACACGGUGCAGCGCAACCAGCUCGCGCUGGAGCUGAAUUCGCCGUUCGUCAUCGACCACGAGGAGUCGUCCGAGACGGGCGGCGGCAAGGGCUGGCCGAGCCUGGAGCUCAAGAUCCCCAACAGCAACCAGUCCCGCCUGCCGCCGCACCUGACCAUCGCGAACCAGCAGCUGCUGCAGCCCGCCACGCCCAGCCCCUCGCGGCUGCUGGAUCUGGACCUCGACUCGGACCUCAUGAACACCCCCGUCGACCAGCAGCAGCAGGCGCGCAAGGCCAUGCGCCUGCACACGGUGCCGGUGCCGUGCGCGAUGACGCCCGCGACGGUGCGCUACGACGCCGUCGAGAUCGACGUCGACGUCGCCGCGCCGUACCACGUCGGCAGCGACGAGGGCAUCCUCGAGACCCCGCCCGGCGGGCUGAGCCCCAACGAGGGGAGCGCCGGCGGCGCGAGCCCCGAGAUGCCCGUCAGCCCGCGCACGCCGCCGCCGACGGUGAUGUCGCUGCCAGACAGGACCAAGGACGCCUCGCCUGGCGGUUCGGGCCUGGCCAUCUCGGGCAACUCGCCCCGGGCAGUGCCUGGGUUUGACGUUGGGCCCUUUUUUGGAGGGCAGAACUUUGUCGGCAGCAGGUUCAAGGUUAUUGGUGGGCUGGAGGCUCACAUGGAGGAGUAA